AUGUGCUGCUCCCCUUGCUGCCAGCCCACCUGCUGUGGGACCACCUGCUGUGGGACCACCUGUUGCCAGCCCAGCUGCUGCUGCCGCCCAUGCUGCAUGUCCAGCUGCUGCCAGCCCUGCUGCCGCCCAUGCUGUGUGUCCAGCUGCUGCCAGCCCUGCUGCUGCCAGCCCUGCUGCCGCCCAUGCUGCGUGUCCAGCUGCUGCUGCCAGCCCUGCUGCCGCCCAUGCUGUGUGUCUAGUUGCUGCCGCCCGUGCUGCAUGUCCAGCUGCUGCCGCCCGUGCUGCGUGUCCAGCUGCUGCCAGCCCUGCUGCUGCCAGCCCUGCUGCCGCCCGUGCUGCGUGUCCAGCUGCUGCCAGCCCUGCUGCCGCCCAUGCUGCAUGUCCAGCUGCUGCCAGCCCUGCUGCCGCCCAUGCUGCAUGUCCAGCUGCUGUCAGCCCUGCUGCCGCCCGUGCUGCGUGUCCAGCUGCUGCCAGCCCUGCUGCUGCUGCCGCCCAUGCUGCGUGUCCAGCUGCUGCCAGCCCUGCUGCUGCUGA